AUGAGAAUUAAUUAUUUUUUAGUUAUUCUUUUAAUUGCAUUUAUUUCAAUUGAGUCUGUAUUCGGUUUUUAUUCAGAUAAAGGAGAUGUUAUCAAUUUAAAUAAAAAGAAUUUCAAACAACAAGUUUUAGAGGGUGAUGGUAAUGUUAUGGUAGAAUUCUAUGCCCCAUGGUGCGGUCAUUGUAAAAGUCUUAAACCAGAGUACGAAAAAGCAGCAAAGAAUGUCAAGGGUUUAGUUAAAAUCGCUGCAAUUAAUUGUGAUGAAGAAAAAGAAUUAUGUGGCCAAUACCAAAUCCAAGGUUUCCCAACAUUAAAAUUCUUUGCAACCCAAAAGAAUGGUAAAAAACAACCAGAAGACUAUCAAGGUGGUCGUACUGCCUCUGCUAUUGUUAAGUUUGCUUUAUCAAAGUUACCAAACUACUCAACCAAAGUUACUGAAGACAAUUUAUCUAAAUUCCUUACCUCAACUCCAUCAGCCAAGGCUUUAUUAUUCACAAGUAAAUCUACUACAUCUGAUCUCUAUAAAGCUCUUUCUGUCGAUUUCCGUAACACUCUUCCAUUGGGUGAAGCUAGAAAUAUUAAAAAAGAAACCCUUGAAAAAUAUCAAGUUACCUCUUUCCCAACUCUUUUAGUUUUCACAAGUGAUGACCAAGAAACCUUUGUUAAAUAUGAAGGUAAAUUAGAACAUUCAUCAUUAUUCAAAUUUUUACAACCACACAGCUCAAAGAAAUCAGGCGAUAACAAAAAAGAAGAAACCACCACUACCACCAACUCUGACCCAAAUGACCCAGCUUUAGAAAAAUUUGUCGAAAUUAAAGAUUCAAAAUCAUUUGAAAAGACUUGCUCAUCAGGCCUUUGUGUUGUAGCUUUAUUCGAUCAACUCGAUGAUAAAGAAGCCAACGAUAAAUAUUUAGAACUCUUAAACGCCAUCGCUACAGAAUUCAAAGGUAGAAUGAAAUUUGUUUGGAUCGAUUCAUCAGUUCACGAUAAAAUUGUUACUCAAUUUGACUUGUCUGGUUUACCAAAUAUGUUUGUUUUAAAUCCAAAUAAAAUGAGAUACACUCCAUUCCUUGGUUCAUUCUCUGAAGAUUCCAUCAAAUCCUUCUUCAAAUCAGUCUUAAGUGGUCUUAAAAACGCCGUUCCAUACAAAGAACAACCAAAAUUUAAUGAUUUAGAAAAAAAAGAAACUAAAAAGAAAGAUGAAUUGUAA